AUGUCUCAACCAAGUGAAAGUAAAUUAUGGGGUGGUAGAUUCACUGGAGCCACCGAUCCAUUAAUGGAUUUAUACAAUGCAUCUUUACCAUAUGAUAAAAUCAUGUAUGAUGCUGAUUUAACUGGUACUAAAGUUUACACUGAAGGUUUGAAUAAAUUAGGUUUAAUUAAUAAAGAGGAAUUAACCGAAAUCCAUAAAGGCUUGGAAAUAAUUAGAAAUGAAUGGAAAGAAGACAAAUUUGUUGAAAAGCCAGGUGAUGAGGAUAUUCAUACAGCCAAUGAAAGAAGAUUAGGUGAACUUAUUGGAAAACAUAUUGCUGGUAAAGUUCAUACAGGUAGAUCUAGAAAUGAUCAAGUUGCAACAGAUAUGAGAAUAUUUGUUCGUGAAAGAUUAAUAGAUUUACUUGAGAAGUUGAACACAUUUAUUGAAACUAUAUUAAAACGUGGUGAAUUGGAAAUUGAUGUUUUAAUGCCAGGUUAUACACAUUUACAAAGAGCUCAACCGAUUAGAUGGUCACAUUGGUUAAGUUCGUAUGCAACUUACUUUACUGAAGAUUACAAAAGAUUACAACAAAUCAUUACCAGAGUUAAUCAAUCACCAUUGGGUUGUGGUGCAUUAGCUGGCCAUCCAUAUGGAAUAGACAGAGAAUUUUUAGCAAAAGGAUUAGGUUUUGAUGGUGUUAUUGGUAAUUCAUUGACAGCAGUUAGUGAUAGAGAUUUUGUUGCUGAAACUUUAUUUUGGAGUACAUUAUUUAUGAAUCAUAUAUCAAGAUUCAGUGAAGACUUAAUUAUAUAUUCAACAGCUGAAUUUAAUUUCAUAAAAUUGGCAGACGCAUACUCAACUGGAUCAUCAUUAAUGCCACAAAAGAAGAAUCCGGACUCUUUGGAAUUAUUAAGAGGUAAAAGUGGUAGAGUAUUUGGAGGUUUAGCAGGGUUUUUAAUGUCGAUCAAAUCAAUACCUUCAACGUAUAAUAAAGAUAUGCAAGAAGAUAAAGAACCUUUAUUUGAUGCAUUGACUACAGUUGAACAUUCAAUCUUAAUUGCAACUGGUGUUGUUUCAACAUUGAAGAUUAAUAAAGAAGCAAUGGAAAAUGCAUUAACAAUGGAUAUGUUGGCUACAGACUUAGCAGAUUAUUUAGUUAGAAAAGGUGUACCUUUCAGAGAAACACAUCAUAUUUCUGGAGAAUGUGUUAGUAAAGCUGAGAAACUAAAUUUAUCUGGUAUCGAUAAAUUAUCAUUUGAACAGUUACAAGAAAUAGACAAUAGAUUUGAUAAAGAUGUUAUGCACGUAUUUGAUUUUGAAGUUAGUGUUGAAAGAAGAGAUGCAACUGGGGGUACUGCAAAAUCAGCUGUAUUAAAACAAUUACAAAAUUUAAAUCAACAAUUAAAGUAA